AUGCAGAGUGUCGCUAAAGAGCUGGUGAAGCGUCGAUCGACGGCUGUCUCCUUCCUCAUAGCGAAAGUGAUGGAGGUGGAUAUCCGCUGCCCUUUGGAGGCCGUGAAGCGCUUUGCUUCUCCUCGUCGGCAGCUGCAGUUUUACGCGGCUCGCGGAGAUGCAGAAAAGCAAGUAGUGCACCACCCGCCAGGCGACCGACUACGAAGAGAAAAAGACGUAAUCAUAUGGGAUGACAAGGGGUAUGCGAAAGUAGCACAUGUAUCAGCAGACAAGAAGACGACGAGCAUCACGCAGCUGGGCAGCUUCUGGGUGCGUCAUCAGAGCAAAGCCCAGCAGCACUCCUCUCGCCCUCUCGUCCUUCUCAGUACUCAGUUCCUGCCUGGCCAGUCUAUUACAGUGGAAGACAAAGAGCAAGAAGAAGAAGAUGAAGAUAUAGAGGAAGACGGUUGGGAGCGCGAGGGGAAAGAGGAAAGGGGCGGGGGCAGAGACAAGGCAGCAGACGUCUUUUCCGCCUCUCAGAUCUCUCUCAGAAAUACGCUCCUCAUCAUCAUCGCUGCGGUCUUCUUCUUCUUCUUUCCAAAAACGCAGUGA